GGUAUCAUGUUGAAUGUGUGUAAAUCCACACCCUCCUCCCAGUGUCCUGCCCUACAGAUCCUUUGCUUUAACUUCCAUGAGGAAACAAAACUGAGGACUACAGCAAAAACACGCAGACAUGAUGGCAGGAUUAAAAAAAAAACCUUAACAACUUUUUUUUUUUUGGAUUGUGUUGGGGUUUUUUUGACGUGCAUCAGUUAUGCUGCGUGUUGUGGUUGAGUCUGCUUCGGGUCUUCCUAAAAAGAAGCUCGGCAGUCCGGACCCCAUCACAUCUGUGGUGUUUAAAGGUGAAACAAAGAAAACUCGGUCCAUCAACAAUGAAAUUAAUCCUGUCUGGAAAGAGACACUCGAAUUUGAUUUAAAGGGUUCCCCUCUUGAUUCCUCCUCCUUCAUUGAUGUGAUUGUAAAAGACUUUGAGACUCUUGGAAAAGACAAGUUUAUUGGCUCUGCAAAAGUCUACUUAAAAGACCUAGCAAGUGGUCAAGUAAAGUCAAUCCCUUCAAAGAAUUUGGCUUUAGUCAAUGACAGUGGGCAAAAUAUUGGAGCCACGAUCGAUCUCGUCAUUGGUUAUGAACCGCCAGCUAACGCUCCUCCGAACCCAAAUGAUCAACAUGAUGGUGGUGUGGCAGGGAAUGCAGGUGGGGCUGAUGGAGAUGAAGAUGCCGCUGAUACGGGGGGUUUACCAUCUUCUGCUCAGCCGGGCCAAAAUUCUCAACGGAGGACUAGAAAACAGCGGCCUUUAUCCAACAAACCGCAGGACUUCCAGAUCCGGGUCCGGAUCAUCGAGGGUCGCCAGUUGCCUGGAAACAACAUAAAGCCUGUUGUGAAAAUAAAUGUGUGUGGAGAGACCCACAGAACUCGCAUCAAAAGAGGAAAUAACCCCUUCUUUGAUGAGAUGUUCUUCUACAAUGUCCACAUGCUGCCAUCAGACCUUUUUGAUCAACAUGUCAGCAUUCGGGUGUACAACUCUUCAUCACUGAGGUCUGACAGUCUUAUGGGAGAAUUUAAGAUUGAUGUCGGCUACAUCUACGACGAACCAGCUCACUGUGUCAUGAGGAAAUGGCUGCUUUUAAAUGACCCUGAUGACUCGAGCUCUGGAGCAAAGGGCUACCUGAAAGUCAGCAUGUUCAUCGUGGGGACCGGGGACGAUCCUCCGGUGGAGAAGAGGGAGCGAGACAGUGAUAAUGAUGAUGUAGAGAGUAAUCUUCUGCUGCCAGCUGGAGUCGCACUGAGAUGGGUUACACUGCAGCUCAAGGUGUUUCGUGCCGAGGAUGUCCCCCAAAUGGAUGACUCCAUCUCUCAGUCUUUGAAAGAGGCAUUUGGAGGAGAAAGCAAUAAAAAGAAUCUAGUCGAUCCAUUCAUCGAGGCCUGGUUCGCUGGGAAGAAGCUGUGCACAAAAGUAAUUGAGAAGAAUGCAAACCCUGAAUGGAACGAACUGCUUAAUCUUCAGGUUAAGUUUCCAUCUAUGUGUGAACGGAUCAAACUGACUGUAUUCGAUUGGGAUCGCCUCACGAGAAAUGAUGCCAUAGGCACUACGUACUUGAAUCUGACAUCAAUAGCGUCCUCUGGUGGUGAAGUCGAAGACGAGGAUCCAGGAAAUGGGUUUCCAGGAUAUACAGGAGAAACUGGGGAGUCUGGAAUUGGUUUUCUGCCUGCAUUUGGCCCAAGCUACAUUAACCUUUAUGGCGGCCCAAGGGAGUUUACAGGAUUAAUUGAUCCUUAUGAAGACCUUAACUUUGGAAAGGGUGAAGGGGCUGCCUACAGAGGACGAGUACUCAUCGAGCUUUCCACGAAACUUGAGGGAAAGGCAGAUAAGGAAGUGGAGGCCAUACCGAAUGAUGACAUCUUGGUUGCUCAGAAAUACCAACGAAGGAGGAAGUACUGCCUGUGUGCUGUGUUCCACAGUGCCACUAUGAUACAAGAGCCCGGGGAGCCUAUUCAGUUUGAAGUUAGCAUUGGGAACUAUGGCAACAAGCUGGACUCUACAUGCAAACCUCUCGCUUCAACCACUCAAUACAGCUGUGCCAUGUUUGAUGGUAAUCACUACUACUACUUGCCCUGGGCUGACACAAAGCCUGUUGUUGCCGUGAUGUCAUUUUGGGAGGAUAUCAGUCAUCGCUUAGAUGUUGUUAACAUCAUUCUCCACAUUGCAAACCGUUUGGAAGAUAAUAUCACCGAGCUGAAAACUGCAGUACAGGCUAAGGUCUCAGACACAAAACUGUUUGAGAUUUGGAACAAGCUUUUAAGCCAACUCAUGGAGGACAUUAGCAGCUGUAAACUCCCAGACCUGGAGGGUGUGGCUAACCUCACAGCCCUGGACAUCCAGAUUAAGAAGCUACGAGACAGCACCUUCAAGAGCAUCCUGACCGCAGCUCAGUACAUGUUACAGGAGAGUGAUAACAUUACAGAGAGUGUGGCCACUAUUGACAGCUGGCUGGACAAACUUAAACAACUGGCUGAGGAGCCCCAGAACAGCAUGCCUGAUGUGAUUAUCUGGAUGUUGAGAGGAGAGAAACGGGUGGCCUACAGUCGCAUUCCAGCUCAUAAAGUUCUGUAUUCAGUGCAGAGCGAGGAGGCGUGUGGCCAGUUCUGUGGAAAAACCCAGACCAUCUUUCUAAAGUACCCAAUGGAUAAAAACAAGGGUUCCAAGAUCCCUGCAAAAAUACGGGUGAAUAUGUGGCUGGGAUUAGCUGCAGUCGAGAAAAAGUUCAAUGCUUAUGCUGAGGGCACAUUCACUGUUUUUGCAGAACUGUAUGAGAACCAGGCGAAAAUGUUGGGCAAAUGGGGUACUUCGGGUCUGCUGAAUCGCCCUAAGUUCUCUGACGUAACUGGCAAAGUGAAACUAAAGCAGGAGUAUUUUAUGCCCCCUGGAGGUUGGCAGUGGGAUGGUGACUGGUUCGUGGAUCCAGAGAAAAGUUUGCUGACGGAGGCUGAUGCGGGACACAGUGAGUUUGUGGACGAAGUAUUCGAGAAUCAGACUCGUUAUCCUGGAGGAGAGUGGGCAGCAGCGUCAGAACCGUAUACAGAUGUGAAUGGAGAGAAGGCUCGUCCCCCAGAGGAGAUAGAGUGCCCACGUGGAUGGAAAUGGAUGGAUGAGUGGACCUUUGAUGAGAAAAGGGCAGUGGAUGAGAGAGGUUGGGAAUAUGGCAUCACGAUUCCUCCUGAUGAUAAGCCUAGGUCAUGGGUGGCAGCUGAGAAAAUGUACCAUAUCCACCGCCGUAGAAGAAAAAUCCGACCGCGCAAAAAAGUGGCUGGUGAUGCCUCAGCAACUGAGAAGAAAGAUACAGGAGAUCCAGAAGGUUGGGAGUUUUCUUCUCUUAUUGGAUGGAAGUUCCACCAAAAGGAGCGCUCCUCUGAUACGUUCCGCCGACGCCGCUGGAGAAGGAAGAUGGGACCUUCUGAUAGCAUCGGGGCGUCAGCCAUCUUUAAAUUAGAGGGGGCACUGGGAAUUGAUAUGGAAGGAAAGGGGGAUGAGAAGGGUUCAAAAUCAGAUGCCACUAACUUGUUUGGAGCCAAUACACCCAAUGUGUCAUGUACUUUUGACCGAGCCUAUGAAUACCACCUACGGGUCUACGUUUACCAGGCCAGAAACCUGCUUGCCUUGGACAAAGAUAGUUUCUCGGAUCCAUAUGUGCAUGUGUCAUUCUUGCACAUGAGCCAGACCACAGAAACAGUCAAGUCCACCUUGAACCCAACUUGGGAUCAAACUCUUAUCUUCAACAGAGUGCAAAUCUAUGGGGAUCCCCAAACCAUUGCCUGCAACCCUCCUCAAGUUGUGUUGGAGAUAUUCGACAAUGACCAAGUGGGCAAAGACGAGCUGUUGGGUAGGAGUAUCUGCCUGCCAUUAGUGAAACUGAACCCAGCCAUGGAUGCAUCUCCUAAGCUUCUCUGGUGCCCUGUCAUGCACAAGGAAGUGCCUGCUGGACAAAUACUGGUUUCUGCAGAGCUCAUUUUAAGGAACAAGGGAAAUGAGACUGAACUUCCCCUUGCCCCAUCAAAGAGAGGAGACAUGCUAUACAUGGUGCCUCAGGGGGUUCGUCCUGUAGUGCAGCUCUCUGCCAUAGAGAUUCUGGCAUGGGGUUUGCGCAACAUGAAGCCCUACCAGUUGGCACCUGUGACCUCCCCAAGCUUGGUGGUGGAGUGUGGAGGUGAGAGGAUUCAGUCUGCAGUCAUCAAGACCAUGAAAAAGAGCCCCAACUUUCCUGGAAAUGUUCUUCUUUUGAAAGUGCUCUUGCCCAAAGAGGAGAUGUACACACCUCCAAUUGUGCUGAAAGUUAUUGAUCAUAGGCCAUUUGGGAGGAAGCCUGUAGUAGGCCAGUGCACCAUUGACUCACUGGAAGAAUACAGAUGUGACCCGUAUAGCACCAUGGCUGAAGUGGCUAUGUCAUCUAAAGUGGCUUUAAUGGCAGCCGCCCCUCAAGAGCUCCAUAUAAACAUAGAGGAAAGACCUCUUCUCGAAACACAGUUUAUGCACGGCAUCUCAACAGCGUUUGACAAAAUGGCCCCAUCUUUUCCACUCCGUCAAGAGAAGGAGAAAGAGAUGAUUGAUUGGUGGAGUAAGCUUUAUGCUUCAAUUGGAGAACAUGAGAAAUGUGGCCCAUACCUUCAGAAAGGAUAUGACACCCUGAAGGUGUUCAACUGUGAACUUGAAAACGUGGCUGAUUAUAAGGGGCUAACAGAUUUCUGUUCCACCUUCAAACUCUACCGUGGAAAGAGCGACACCGGUGAGGACGAUCCCUCUGUAGUCGGGGAGUUUAAGGGAUCCUUCAAGCUCUACCCGCUUUCAGAUGACCCGGCCAUACCUUCACCUCCACAGCAGUUCAGAGAGCUUCCUGACAGCGGCCCUCAGGAGUGUAUCGUCAGGAUCUAUGUGAUCAGAGCAGUUGACCUGCAACCCAAAGACAACAACGGUUUAUGUGAUCCAUACAUUAAGAUCAGUUUGGGAAAGAAGACUAUGGAUGACAGAGACAAUUACAUACCGAAUACCCUAAACCCAGUGUUUGGAAGAAUGUUUGAGAUGUCCUGCUUCCUCCCUCAAGACAAAGACCUGAAGAUCUCCGUUUAUGACUUUGACCUGCUUACUCGUGAUGAGAAAGUUGGAGAGACGGUGAUUGACCUGGAGAACCGGUUACUUUCUCGUUUCGGGUCCUACUGUGGUCUGCCGCAGACUUACUGCAUAUCUGGGUCAAAUCAGUGGCGAGAUCAGCUGAAGCCGUCGCAGAUUCUUCAGCACCUUGCACGUCUGAAGGGAGUGUCUCCUCCUAGAUCUGAGGACAACGGGAACACCUUAACGUUCAAUGGGCGAGAAUAUCAGCUCUCUGACUUUGAGGCUAAUAAAGAAAUUCACCAGCACCUGGGCCCACCGAAUGAGCGGAUCGCACUGCAUGUUCUCAGGACACAAGGCCUUGUUCCAGAGCACGUGGAAACCAGAACACUCUACAGCACCUUCCAACCCACUCUGUCUCAGGGAAGUCUUCAAAUGUGGGUUGAUGUUUUCCCCAAAAACCUUGGACUUCCUGGACCUCCUUUUGAUAUUACCCCACGCAAGGCUAAAACACAUAUGUUGCGCGUCAUCAUUUGGAACACCACUGAUGUCAUUUUGGAUGAAACCAGCAUCACUGGAGAGAAGAUGAGUGACAUCUAUGUGAAGGGGUGGAUGGCAGGAAAAGAGGAGGACAAGCAAAAGACUGAUGUCCAUUAUAGAUCUCUUGAUGGUGAUGGAAAUUUCAACUGGCGAUUUGUCUUUGAGUUUGAUUAUCUGCCUGCUGAGCAACUGUGCCUGGUUUCCAAAAAGGAACAUUUUUGGAGUCUCGACAAAACAGAAUUCCGGAUUCCACCUCAGCUGAUCGUUCAGAUAUGGGACAACGAUAAGUUCUCCCUGGAUGAUUAUCUUGGCGCUGUUGAACUGAAUCUGAACAAUCUCAUCUCCCCUGCUAAAAUACCUGAGAAAUGCAGCCUGCACAUGCUGGAUAAUGUAACUAAAUCACCUCAGAAAUUCGACCAGUCCAAGUCCCUGUUUGCCCAGAAGUCGGUCAGAGGAUGGUGGCCCUGCUACAUUGAAAAAGAUGGAAAGAAGGAGCUUGGUGGGAAAGUGGAGAUGACACUGGAGAUAGUGAAUGAGAAGGAGGCAGAUGAGAGGCCAGCAGCAAAAGGCAGAGAUGAACCCAACAUGAAUCCAAAGCUCAACCCACCAAACCGACCAGAAACUUCCUUCUUCUGGUUCACCAACCCAUGCAAGACCUUGAAGUUCGUUGUCUGGCGGAGAUUCAAGUGGCUGUUUAUCGGCUUGAUUAUAUUGAUAUUAGUGCUGCUGUUCCUUGGAAUUCUUCUUUAUUCAUUACCGAACUACAUCUCAAUGAAAAUUGUGCAACCGAUUAAAUGAGAUGGACAUCAGCUGUGGAGCGACAGUCAGCCAGAACACACAUUUUGUAUUAACGGAUCCAAAGUAUUGUUGAGGAGCUAUGCUGAAAUACAGAGUUUUACCGCACCCACUAUACAUUUUUAUAUAGGAUUUUAUCUUAUUCACACCAUCACACUCACGACAAUGGGCUGUUUUAAUAACAGUCAUUUAAUAGCUUAAUCUAUGUUAUUGAAUUCAAAAACUCAUAUGUAAAAUACAUAAUAAAGAACAUUUUAAAUGA